UCCACGUUAACCAGGAAGUAAAGAAAUGUUUGAAGCAGAAAAGAGAAAACUUCUCUUAUUGAGCUGACGAGUAAAGCCUCAGUCAUUUUCCUAACACACUGAUUUUAUCUCCGGACCAGAUUUAGGAAGAGGUUUUACUGGAAACGACAAAUUACACUUCUACCGUUCGUUUAGAUCCAGAGAAUGGCAGAGAAGGUGCUGGUCACAGGUGGGGCAGGGUACAUUGGGAGUCACUGUGUGGUGGAGCUCAUAGAGGCGGGUUACCAGCCAGUCGUAGUGGAUAACUUCAGCAAUGCUGUACGAGAAGGAGCUGAUGAUGUGCCAGAGAGCAUACAUAGGAUACAGAAGCUUUUGGACACCAACAUUGAGUUUCAUGAACUCGACCUUCUUGACCGCACUGGCUUGGAAAAACUUUUUAAAAAGCACUCUUUCAGCGCUGUAAUGCACUUUGCUGGACUGAAGGCAGUUGGAGAGUCAGUGGAGCAGCCAUUACGCUACUACAGGGUCAACCUCACUGCAUCCAUGAACCUGCUUGAGGUGAUGCAGGCUCACAAAGUGCACAAUCUGGUGUUCAGCAGCUCGGCUACUGUGUACGGAGACCCCCAGCAUCUGCCCAUUGAUGAGGAGCACCCCGUGGGUGGCUGCACCAAUCCCUAUGGCAAGACCAAAUACUUCAUCGAAGAGAUGAUCAAGGAUCAUUGUAAGGCUGAGAAGGACUGGAACGCAGUACUCCUGCGAUAUUUCAACCCAAUUGGAGCUCAUUCUUCUGGCCUUAUAGGAGAGGAUCCUCAGGGUAUCCCCAAUAACCUGCUGCCAUAUGUUGCCCAGGUUGCUAUUGGGAGACGAGAGUGCCUCAGUGUUUUUGGGAAUGACUAUGAAACCUUGGAUGGCACAGGUGUGAGAGAUUAUAUUCAUGUUGUAGAUCUUGCAAAGGGACACAUAGCAUCUCUAAAGAAGCUGAAGGACAGUUGUGGAUGCAAGGUGUACAACUUAGGAACAGGAACAGGCUACUCUGUGCUCCAGAUGGUGAAAGCCAUGGAGAAGGCAUCAGGGAGAAAAAUUUCAUACAAGAUCGCCCCACGCAGGGGAGGAGACAUAGCAUCCUGCUACGCUGAUCCUCGUUUGGCUGAGAAGGAGCUGGGCUGGAAGGCUGAAUUUGACCUGGAGAGAAUGUGUGUGGAUCUAUGGCGCUGGCAGUCCAUGAACCCCACUGGAUUUUCCAACGGCACAGCCUCUUGAUGCAACUCCAGUUUUACAUAAUUUUAUUUUAUACUGGUUUAUUUUAUUUGCAAACAUUUCAUACAGUAAAUCACCAGACCAAAGCAAUGCAUUCCUCAUUUUGUCGAAAACACAUGAAGGGACCUCUCUUGUAAUUGUUCAUUAUAAACGAUUAUUUAAUUUCAUCAUGAUAAUACAUGUCAUAGGUAACGUGUAAAAAAAAUUUUUUUUUUCUUGUAGUUUUCUCCAUUUUGUUAUAUGUUACAUCUGACAAGGCAAAAAAUAUUUUCUCUAAUAAUAUAUUAAUCUGUAAGCCAUAAGAAUGAAAGAAUAAAUACAUUUUCUUACUGAACAAACUGAA